AUGGUUGUUGGGCGGAAAAGGGUACAAAUAAAUUUGAAUCAAGUUUCGGAAAUUCCAUUACGUCGUCGAUCCAAUAUACGCUCUCUUGCAAAAUCUCUAAAUGUUUCAAAAUCAACAUUGCAUAGAAGAAUUAAAGAAGUUGUUCUUCGACCACAUACAAAUGCCAUCAAGCCAACUCUAACUCAUGAGAAUAGAAGAGCAAGGUUAGAAUAUUGUUUAUCAAAGAUCACAUUGUCAUCAUUAUUUAGUCCAAUUCCUACAUUCCAUGAUAUGUUUAAUGUUGUCCAUAUUGAUGAAAAAUGGUUUUAUAUGUCAAAACCAUCAAAACGUUAUUAUUUUGUCCCCGGUGAGGAUGAACCAUUAAGAACAUGUAAAAGCAAAAAGUUUAUUACAAAGAUCAUGUUUCUAGCGGCGGUAGCAAGACCGAGAUAUGAUUCAUCGGGCAACGAAGUUUUUUCGGGAAAAAUUGGUAUCUACCCAUUUACAACAUUAGAACCCGCUAAACAUUCAAGCAAAAAUCGUGUUGCGGGAACAAUGGAAACGAAGCCUAUUUUAUCGGUGAACAAAGAGGUAACAAGGUCAUGGUUGAUAGAAAAAUUUCUACCGGAUAUUAGAGCUAAAUGGCCGUGA